AGCUCUUAUCUACCCUAAGACAAUGUUGUUUUUCUCUGUUUUAAAGAGAAAAACAGCACUCAAUCUUAUCAUUGUAUUUCUUGUUCUUGUUUUCAUGUCUUGUUGUAAUGUCCAGGGGAAAUGCAGAACUGGCUGUGACCUUGCUUUAGCUUCAUACUACGUAUCCCAAGAUGCUUCCAAUCUUACAUAUAUCAGCACCAUCUUCAACCUUAAAAUCUCAGAAAUUCUUCCCUACAAUCACCAAAUCGAGAAUUCAGAUUACAUCGCCACUGAUGACAGAAUCAAGGUGCCAUUCUCGUGUGACUGUCUGAACGGUGAUUUCUUGGGUCAUACUUUUACUUACAUUACCCAGUUCGGAGAUAUCUAUAACAAGGUUGCUCAAACGGUUUAUGCUAAUCUCACCACCGAGGAUUGGGUGCAUAGGUUCAAUAUUUAUGGUGACAACAGGAUUCCGAUCAAUUCUCUAAUCAAUGUGACGGUGAACUGCUCGUGCGGGGAUAGAAGAGUGUCGAAAGAUUAUGGGUUGUUCACGACUUAUCCUCCCCGGCAGAGGGAGAACUUGUCGAUUCUCGCGGCGGAGGCUGGGGUGUCGACGGAGAUACUGAUCAGGUAUAAUCCACGGGCCAAUAUUAGUGCGGAGAGUGGACUCGUGUUUGCACCGGCAAAAGGACUCGACUAUAAUGUUUGGUGUAGGAGGAAUGCACCAAACAGUAUAUUGCUACUAGAAUGGGACCUUUCCACCACUAAAGAUAAGGUGAGUUGUGGCCUCAAGGAUCAACUGAGUUUCAGAUUACAAGACCCUUAUCGCAAGUUGUCUAAUAAUUUUGUCUCCUGGUUUAACUUUCUUGCAGAGCAACUGGUAUGGUUGUCUUCUUCGAGAAUCCAAAGAGGAGUCAUUGCAGGCAUAUCUGUAGCUGUUGUCGCUGGGACAUUGCUUUGUUUAGUUUGUUUGUAUGUUAGACUCUAUAAAAAGAAGAGAGUGGUGCAGGCAUUAUUUCUCAAAGAAGCAUCUCAUCUAGAACAUUACAUUCAUAGCUCUGGAAGUACCUUGAAGAAAAAUUCAGAAACUGCUGCUCAUUUUGUUUCUCCUAGGCUCCCUGGUAUCACAGUGAACAAAUCUGUGGAGUUCUCAUAUGAUGAGCUUGCUAGCGCAACUGAUAACUUUAGCAAGGCUAAUAAGAUUGGACAAGGUGGCUUUGGAUCUGUCUACUAUGCAGAAAUAAGAGGCGAGAAAGCCGCAAUCAAAAAGAUGGAAAAGAAAGCAUCAAAAGAAUUUCUAGCUUAAUUGAAGGUUUUGACAAAUGUUCAUCACUUGAAUCUGGUAUCCUCCUUUUUCCUAUCAUACCCUAGAGUACCAUUUGUUAGAACUUAGUAUGGAAAAAAGUAAUCAGAGUUCAAUUAAUCUCAAUUUCUGGG